AUGUGGAGUGCGCCAGACGAGGCGGGGCGCGACGGUUGUAUUUCCCUCUUCGCCCACUCCUCAGCGGUGUCACGGCGGCUGUACCUCCUCGCGGCAGCCCUGUCGAUCCCGCCAGACAGGCUGCUGCGCUACACAAUUGAGGUGCAGCGCCGCGGGGCGCAUCAGCACCACCGACGAGCGCAGCAUGGCCGUCUUGGUGUAACUGCAGUCACGACCGUCGUCGCCGGCACAUCGACAACUCGCCCUGAGGCAGGCAUGACGGCAGAGACGGAGACCCCGCAGGAGUUCCCGCUCCUUCUGCACGGGAUUCUCAGCGCCCUUGUGCUGCCUUUCUCAAACCUGGAGAGUUCCCCCGCGGUGUCUGCCACCGCCUCAACGAAGACAAAGACGAUAGAGCCGGUGAAGACGUACAUGAAGCAGGGUAGCGGCAAAUCCUUAUCGCGGCAGAAGGGCGGUGGGAGCCGCACAACGCCGGGGGCUGGUGGUACAUCGGCGGUGUCGAAGGAUGUCAACUCAGGGGGUUCACAACACGUCAACAUGCACAAACACUUUGCGGCCCUCGAAGACAUGGUUGUCUCCCAACGCGUCAGAGAGCCAGGCCCGAAGAGCCAGACGGGAAUAAGUACCAUCUUAUUCAGCAGUAAACACACCACCACCACUACCACCAGCAACAGCGGCGGCAGCAGCACUAGUAGUACUAGCAGUAGCAGCAGCAGCAGUGGCUGCUGUAGCGACGAUGUGGAGGCCUCCUCAGUGUCUGCUAGCUCGCCAAUACACAAGGGAAAGGCAGAGAGCAGUGUCGCUGCACCGAAGAAAGCAUCCAAAGCUGCACACUCUCAUGUGUAUGAGCUGCGUCAGACGCCACCCUUUCACCAGGAGGUAAGCAUCGCGCAGCUCUUAUCGGAGCUUGCAGAGCCCUUUUUUGCCUCCGGAGGCCAUGCUAUUGGUAUGAGCAGUGGGAGUGGUGGGAGCGAGAGCAGAAGUAGUGAUGUCGGGUAUAGUAUGGAUCUUCAGCAAUGUAUGCGACUUAUUCCACAGGAACUACGCACAGCCGCAGGCGUGUCACGUGUUAGUGAGUUAUACCCGCCGUUUAUGCCUCUGCUCCUAGAGGCCUUGUUGAAGGAGAGCGUGCAUGAGAGCCCCUUUGGCCUUGCAGCCAGGUGUGUCGUUAUGCGUUUAAUAGAGCUAUCGGCUCCAAUAUUUGUGUCAAGGUUCUUUAAGCAAGGGAGCGGUGCCUCCGUAGACGUUGGCAAUAACGACAAGGAGGAGCAAGUGUGCCACGCCAUGACGCUACGCGCUACGCAGCGCCUUGCAAACACGGCAGUCGCCCUCCUUGAGGUGAUUGAGGACCCUGUGUGGGUGUUGGACCUCAGUGGCGCUCUCAUCGCUAGUCAGCUCCUGCAUCCCGGCGCGCUUAGGACUGUGCUACACCGCCGUGCACUGGACUUGGCCAAGCUUCCACCGCUGUGGAAGCCUACCGUGGCCCUCGCCUAUUGUUUGGUGACCCAACACAGUUUACAUGCUGCUGUGCGGGCAGAGGCGGAACUCGGUGCGGUGAGUCAACCAGCAGAGCGGCUCUCCGUCUCGAGUGAAUCAGGCAGUAGUAUUGAUGUCACAGCGGUGGUGGGAAGUUUGCCGCAGUACUCGCACACUUCUACAGAGAGAUGUUCCGGGGAGGCUGCAGCCUCCCCGCCCCUGCCAGAGCAGGAGCCACAUCUACGCCACGAGGAUUCACACCCGUCUUCGCAAAGUCGAAGAUCAUCCGUGUCCGUUGAAGCUGGGAGCUGUAUGCCUUCUGAUGUAGGACUCUCUGUCGCCUUGAUGGGGCGAGCAGCCUCACUGCAGCAAUCCAGUGGUACCGACGUUGAGGGCGCUCUCCCGUUGCGGUGGCUGUUCCCUGAAAAGGUGCCUCCCGUGGUGACACUGCCCAACUCCAUUGUUAUGACUUGCAUGGUCCUUUGCGCAGGGGCGCUUGGCCGGCACACCGUAGUUGCACUAGGACAAUGGUGUCUCCGCUCACUUCGAGCGCUACCGGCCACACCAUGUGCUGUGGGACUCACGCAUCUCAUGUUGAAGUACCCUCAGUUUCUGAAAAAAGCCUCCUUGCGAGUCUCUUCAGGCCUCUUCUUGUCCUCCUCCGCCACCACUGCCGCCGUCGCCACCGCGGUUGCUGCGGUUACCAGCAGCACCAAGAGCACUAGCAGCCAUGGUAAUGGGAAGGCGACAACCCUUUUUUGUAUUGCUGUCUUUAUGGAGGGGUGUCAGUUGGCGAAUACGGUGAUGCUGCGGCAAGCCAACCUUCGUAUGGAUGGUCGUCUGGCGAUGGCGUGGCAACGGGAUACUGCCUCAUCCGUGGCGGCGGAAGAAGGACAUUUGAGCGACUUUGCAGAGACACCCUACGUGCAUGAGGAUAGCACCCUCCACGAGCUACGUGAAGUGCAAUGCUACCUUGUCAUGCUGUUGCAGGCACUUGUCAUGCGGAGUGGGGUUCAGCUGCCGACGGAUGCCCAGGGUGAGUUGUUUGCAUUGUUUGUGACGACGGCCCGUUUACGCGUUGCGGUUGGUGCCCCAAAAGAGGAGGGAUUGGGAGCAGCUGUGGGGUGUCUGCCGGCGGAGAAUGGGAGUUGUCAAGCUCCCCAACGGACGCUCUCGCAGGUGGCUCUAAAGCUUGUGGAUGAAUCCUUUGGGGCGGUUGCACGCGCGGUUGAUAUUCUACUGCAUGACUAUGACGCAGGAUGUCCGCGGCAACUCUGUGAGUCGCUUGUGUCGCUGCUUCCACCGCAGAACACGUUGUUUUCUGAGUUGCAGCGCGUUGGGGCGUGGGAGAAACACCUGGACUGCCUCGAGACUGUGCAGGCGGCAGCGGAGGCGUAUCGCGAGGCCCGCCGCUCCACCUUGCCACGCCCUUCAUCGCAGGAGGAGGCGGACUUCAAUGCGGCACCCUCGUCGUUCUGGUCGUCAGUCGCAGCGCACGACAAGGAUGCACUUCCUCGGCCGAUGUCUCUUCUGGAGUUGCAGCAGGAGCUGGAGUGGCGGGCCAAACGGGCGGUGGUGGCUGUGCGCAGCGGCGCGGAGGUGAUGUUUGGCUCGUUGGUUAGUGUGCUGCCCUGCUCUGGCGAGCCGCUCUGCCUCGCCACCACCCCCGACGGUGGCCUUCCCGUGGCGCAGCAACUGUGGUGGGUGGAACACACAAUCGUCUACCUGGUGGAGGAAUGGUGGCGCAGCCGCGUGUCAGCGCCGGCGCUGUUCCACUUUAGCGCCGAGGACACGGUGGAGACAAGCAGUAGUGACGUGUUUCGUCGAGAAGCGCAGAAGAGUUUCAUUCGGUGUUGUCCAAACCCCAUCUAA